AUGGGUGCCUCCCUCACCCCAUACACGCAAAAGCUAUCGCGCAAAGGCCAUCGAAAAUCCCGUCUAGGCUGUAAAAAUUGUAAGAGGCGUAGAGUCAAAUGCGAUGAGAUCAAACCACACUGCACCAAUUGUCUCCGCCAUUCAAUAGAGUGCGACUACAGCUCUCAACCCCAGACUGACUCCAACUCCACUCCACCAUCCCAACAAUCAGACUCAGUAUCACCGUCAUCACAGGGUCCCAGCACAGACAGUUACACCUUCUACUCAUCCACACCCACGAACUUCCGACCCCCAAAACGAGGCCAUGGCACUUCCCACACAUCAGAAUCUGACCCAAUCCCACCAAACAACGACCUAGUCAAGCGCCCCUUUCAAUACACAGCACUGGACAUGCUGCUCUUCCACCACUUCUCCACAUCCCCUGAACUAACCGGCGCUCAACCAAAGGCGCGACAACAACUAUGCCAAAUCGCUUUCGCCCACCACUACGUCAUGCACAUUCUCCUCGCCUUCUCUGGCUUCCAUCUCGUGCGACGCUCGGACGAUCAACAGUGGAGUCAAAGCAUGGGAUUCACUGAAACAGAAAUCUACACCGAAGCUGAACGCCACUUCAACGUUGCUGUUCGAGAUGUUUCAGCCAUCUUACCGCAUCUUGACCGCGAUAACAGCCCCGCAAUGUAUGUCUCUGCGAUUUUCAUCUUCAUCUCAAGUCUCGCCCGUGGCCCUCAACCAGGCGAGUACCUCGCUUUUAGGAGUGACGGGGACCCAGGCCAUCUGUCUCUGUUUCUAGGUGUCCGAUCUGUAUUUGAGCUGUGUAGCGGGGACAUGCCAACAAGUGUAUUUGCAAUCCAUGGAGAAGACAAUAAUCCUGCCCCUCCCUCUGAUAACCCGCAAAAUGAGACACAAAGCGACGGUUCCGAGUCUACCUCACAACGAAGGACAAAACUAGGAGACUACCGCCACCACCUAGAAACGUACCGCGCCCUCCUCAUGACAUCCAUACUCAUCGAGGAUCCACGACUACCUAUCUACCUGCAAACACUUGAUCGACUAGGUGACAGCCUCGACGUCGUAAUGGGUCCCGAGCCGCAGGGAACAAUAGGAAUGGCUCUCUUCCCGCUCGUCUUUGCGUGGUUGUAUCAGUUGCCCGAUGCGGUGGUGGGUGAUUUGCAGCGGAGGGAGCCGGUCGCGUUGAUUAUGUUUGCGUUCUUUUUGUAUCUGCUUGAUCGGCUGGAUCAUGUGUGGUUUAUUUCUGGGUGGCCGCGGCAUAUUCUAGAGGGCAUUAGGAGGCAUUUGGAUGGGGUGUAUGGGGAGUAUAUUCAGUGGGCGGUGGAUCAUAUUAGAACAUCAACAGAUCGGUUAGGGGCAUGUACGGAAGUUGUUACUAGAUGA